GGCGAGGCCGGUGAGGCCCCAAGACCCUGCGCAGAGCGGCGGAGGACGAGCUUGACUGACAGGCGGCGGCGCGGUGGCGACGGCAGGUGAGCCCAGGCCAGAAUGGGAGAUGCCAGAGACUUCUGCCCUCACCUGGACUCUAUAGGGGAGGUGACCAAAGAGGAUUUGGUGCUCAAAUCUAAGGGAACCUGCCAGUCAUGUGGUGUUGCUGGACCCAAUCUGUGGGCCUGCCUCCAGGUCACUUGCCCCUAUGUUGGCUGCGGAGAGUCUUUCGCAGACCAUAGCACGAUUCAUGCGCAGGUAAAAAAACAUAACCUGACUGUCAACCUGACCACACUCCGGGUGUGGUGCUAUGCCUGUGAGCGUGAGGUCUUCCUGCAACAAUGGCUGUCAGCCCACCUGCCCAGCUCCUCUCUGAAGUUCUCAGAGCAGGACUCCCCACCAUCCUCCCACCCUCUGAAAGCCGUCCCUAUUGCUGUGGCUGACGAAGGAGAGUCUGAGUCGGAAGAUGAUGACCUAAAACCUCGAGGCCUCACCGGCAUGAAGAACCUUGGGAACUCCUGUUACAUGAAUGCAGCCUUGCAGGCCCUGUCCAACUGUCCCCCGCUCACCCAGUUCUUCCUGGAGUGUGGAGGCCUGGUACGCACAGACAAGAAGCCAGCCUUGUGCAAAAGUUACCAGAAGUUGAUCUCUGAAGUCUGGCACAAGAAGCGGCCAAGCUACGUGGUCCCCACCAGCCUGUCCCAUGGAAUCAAGUUGGUCAACCCAAUGUUCCGAGGCUAUGCCCAGCAGGACACCCAGGAGUUCCUGCGCUGCUUGAUGGACCAGCUGCACGAGGAGCUGAAGGAGCCUGUGGUGGCUCCUGUGGCGGCACUCACAGAUGCUCGAGACUCAGACUCCAGUGACACAGACGAGAGGCGUGAUGGUGACCGGAGCCCAUCAGAGGACGAGUUCCUGUCCUGUGACUCGAGCAGUGACCGGGGUGAGGGUGAUGGGCAGGGGCGUGGUGGGGGCUCAAAGGCUGAGAUGGAGCUGCUGAUCCCUGACGAGGCGGGCCGUGCCAUCUCCGAGAAGGAGCGCAUGAAGGACCGCAAGUUCUCCUGGGGCCAGCAGCGCACCAACUCGGAGCAAGUAGAUGAGGACGCUGAUGUGGACACGGCCAUGGCCACCCUUGAUGACCAGCCCAGUGAGGCCCAGCCACCAUCACCGCCGUCCAUCAGCCCCUGCCAGACCCCAGAGCCAGACAACGAAGCCCACAUACGCAGCUCCUCUCGCCCCUGCAGCCCCAUCCAUCACCAUGAGGGCCACACCAAGCUGUCCAGCAGCCCGCCUCGUGCGAGUCCUGUGAGGAUGGGGCCAUCAUAUGUGCUCAAGAAAGCUCAGGUGUUGAGCACUGGCAGCCGGAGGCGGAAGGAGCAGAGCUUCCACAGCAUCAUCUCUGACGUCUUCAACGGCUCUGUCCUCAGCCUGGUGCAGUGUCUCACCUGUGACAGGGUAUCAACCACAGCGGAGACUUUUCAGGACUUGUCAUUGCCCAUCCCUGGCAAGGAGGACCUGGCCAAACUCCAUUCCGCCAUCUACCAGAAUGUGCCAGCCAAACCAGGUGCCUGCGGGGACAGCUAUACCUCGCAGGGCUGGCUGGCCUUCAUUGUGGAGUACAUCCGACGGUUUGUGGUAUCCUGUACCCCCAGCUGGUUUUGGGGGCCCGUUGUCACCCUGGAAGACUGCCUUGCUGCUUUCUUCGCUGCUGAUGAGCUGAAGGGGGACAACAUGUACAGCUGUGAGCGGUGUAAGAAGCUUCGAAAUGGCGUGAAAUACUGUAAAGUCUUAUGUCUGCCUGAGAUCCUGUGCAUCCACCUGAAGCGUUUCCGGCAUGAGGUCAUGUAUUCCUUCAAGGUCAGCAGCCAUGUCUCCUUCCCCCUUGAGGGCCUUGACCUGCGCCCCUUCCUGGCCAAGGAGUGCGCGUCCCAGGUCACCACCUACGACCUCCUCUCUGUCAUUUGUCACCAUGGCACAGCAGGCAGUGGGCACUACAUUGCCUACUGCCAGAAUGUGAUCAAUGGACAGUGGUAUGAAUUUGAUGACCAGUAUGUGACCGAAGUCCACGAGACAGUGGUGCAGAGUGCCGAGGCCUACGUGCUGUUCUACAGGAAGAGCAGCGAGGAGGCCAUGCGUGAGCGGCAGCAGGUGGUGUCCCUGGCUGCCAUGCGGGAGCCCAGCCUGCUCCGGUUCUAUGUGUCCCGAGAAUGGCUCAACAAGUUCAACACCUUUGCGGAGCCAGGGCCCAUCACCAACCACACCUUCCUGUGCGCCCAUGGAGGCAUCCCACCCCACAAAUACCACUACAUCGACGACCUGGUGGUCAUCCUGCCGCAGAGUAUCUGGGAACACCUGUAUGGCAGGUUUGGAGGCGGCCCUGCCGUGAACCAUCUGUACGUGUGCUCCAUCUGCCAGGUGGAGAUUGAGGUGCUGGCCAAGCGCAGGAGGGUGGAGAUUGACACCUUCAUCAAGCUGAACAAGGCGUUCCAGGCUGAAGAGUCACCGAGCGUCAUCUAUUGUAUCAGCAUGCACUGGUUCAGAGAGUGGGAGGCCUUCGUCAAGGGGAAAGACAACGAGCCUCCUGGGCCCAUUGACAACAGCAGAAUCACACAGGUCAAAGGUAGUGGCCACAUCCAGCUGAAGCAGGGGGCUGACUAUGGACAAAUCUCUGAGGAGACCUGGACCUACCUGAACACCCUGUAUGGGGGUGGCCCCGAGAUCGCCAUCCGGCAGAAUGUCGCCCAGCUCCCGGACCCAGAGAGCUUGCAUGGGGAGCAAAAGAUCGAGGCCGAGACCCGGGCUGUGUGACUUGGGCCAGGCUAUGAGUCGCUGUGGCUGGCCCUCCCUCUCCAGACAGCCCUGUGUCUUCCUGAAGGCUGCGUCGUGCUGAGUGUCCACUGUUCCAGAAGGCUGGUAUUGCCCAUCUCUGGGGGGGCAUGUCUGUGCCAUGCAGUUGAGCUGCAGUGCACGUGGCGCAGAAGCCAAAUGUAGCUGGUCUCACCAUGAGCAGUGUUGCACCGGGAAAUAUAUUCUCUAAGACUUGCUGGCUGCCCGGGACUCUAAUCACCAUGUCCCCCAAACCUGUCCUCUUGCUAACUCAGGCCCAGCUGUGUUUCGGGAGCCCCAUGCUGCCCCUCAGCCAGGCUGGCAUGUGGGAUGGGGUGUUGGGAGUAGGUACCACCUCUCGAAUGUUUUCCACUGUGCACUUUGCCCUGGUACCCCAGGGACUCCAAGAUGACCACAUUGUGAGCAGAAGGCAGAAUGGACCUUUGGGGCUCCACGUACCCAGUAGCCCUCUGUGUCCCUGCAUAUCCUGGUGGUCAUCAGGAGCCUUCUUGAGGCCCAUACUGACCUGUUUGUCCUGCUGACCUUCGAUGCUAGACUCCUGUGGUCUGGACAGAAAAAGGGCAAUUUCUGCUGUAGGAGACCCACCGCCUUGUCCUGUGAGCACACCAGAGGAUGGGCAGUGCUUUGCCCCAGAGUGUCUGCUGAGCUCCAGGGGCGGGGGGGAGCGGGGAUAAAUACCUCACACACUGUCAGUGUUUUCUGCUAGCUCAGCUUCAGGGAAUGGGGGAUUAGGGUGAGUACAAUCAGAGGACACCUCAGCCUUGCUGUCUAGGGCCCCCCCAGGAAGAUGUACCCUGACGCCACUCACUGUGGAGGUGCAGGGACCUACUGAGUCCAGCAAGGCUGUCUUGUUUCUGGGGUCAUCAAAGCCUCUAAAUGGAACAGCUUGGGGGUGAGGGGUCCUAGGACCAAGUCCCCAGAGGGUGGUAGUCUCCAGCCUCCACAGAAUUGAACAUUGGCAGACCUUCCAUCAGCUUAGGCUUGAGGGGCAUCUAGUGUCCCCAGCUGGUUCCUCCCACCAAGGUGGGGCUCAUGUGACCCAGAAGCAGCUGCUGGGGUUUGUCUUGUUGGCCACUGUCCUUUGAAAGCUGCGCUGUGGAGCACUUGGACUCAUUGCACUGCUGUGACAGUCUCCUGCUGUUACCUGCCUCUAAGUCUGUGCAGUCUGGUGUGUGUUCAGGGUGUCACAAUAAACGUGUUCCCCCGG